UCUACGGCCCAUGUACAUUAGUCAAACUUGAUAGUCUAGAUAGUUCUUUUAUUGAGAGAGCAUUUUGGCUGUUAGUUCGUUAGUUCACGCGUUUUCUUUGGACGAAAAAUGUCGGAUCGCAAACGCGUUGCAGCUGCAAUUAUAGUGUGUAGUUUGAUUAAAAAAAAACAGGAAAUAAAAUCAAAAAAAACAAAGAGGUUGUGGGUGAGAAAUUGGAUAUCAAAAAGAGAUGACGAAGGAGUGCACGCAAAAUUACUGAAAGAAAUGAGUGUAGAAGAUACCACUUCGUAUGAAAAUUUCAUACGAAUGUCCAAAAAUGAUUACCAGAAUCUCUUAGAAAUAAUUACACCAAAAAUUAUAAAAAAAGAUACUCACCUCCGAAAAGCGAUUUCACCUUCAGAACGACUAACAUUGACGUUGAGGUUUCUUGCCACAGGUGACAGUUACCAGUCUUUAAGUUUUUUGUUUCGGAUUCCUCCGACAACUAUUAGCCGAAUUGUUCCAGAAGUUUGUCAGGCGUUGUUUGAAGAACUGAAAUGUGACUAUCUGAAGAUUCCGUCUACAUCUGAUGAGUGGGAAAAGGAAACACAACGUUUUUAUGAAAAUUGGAAUUUCCCUAACUGUAUCGGGGCACUCGAUGGUAAACAUGUAGUGAUGAAAGCACCAAUGAAUAGUGGAAGCCUUUACUUCAAUUACAAAGGGACACACAGCAUUGUAUUAAUGGCUCUUGUUGGUGCCGAUUAUAAAUUUUUGUAUGUUGAUGUGGGAUGUAACGGGUACCUAAUGGCAAUUAAGAAAAUAAAUUUUGAAUGUAACUUACCGGUAAAAUCUAGCAUAUUUGCUGACUAGACGUCUAUUCUUCGUGUAGAACUACCUAGAAACAUCGAAAAGACACAAAAUCAUGUACAAGAAACAACCACAGGCUUAAACUGUUCAUUAGGUUCAUUCCGGAAAAAAAUAGAAACAUAAUUAUAGCACAUAUUAUAAUUUUUGCGUUUUACGAAGAAACUAAACAUAGAAGAACUGAAAUAGCAGGUGAACCAACAUAGAUUUUUAAGAUAACAGAGACAGCACUGUCUACAUAAAAACUGAAAAUUUAAUUACGAUUGGA